AUGAGGUGUUUUGUGAGGAAUUUGACUAGGGAAAGAGGAAAAAGAAAGGCAGAGUUCUUCUGGCAGCUGCCAGAAAAACAAAUUGGAGAAGAAGAUGAACAGUGCACGAGCUUGUUGAGGGAUUUGGGGGCUCAACAUCCUCCUUUCCCGCGGCUGUGCAAUGGGAGCUUCCACUCUUGGUUUGCUGUUUUUUCUUCUUUUCUUUCCUCUUCCUUGGCUGAAUCUGAUGAAGGAAAAGAGGUGAAAAUACAUGCUGGUCCAAGGGAUGCUUCUGACAGCAUGCGGGAUGGUAUUCAUUGGUUCUUUGGAUGUCUCUGGCUUGAGACUGGUUUCCAGCAGCUUUGCUUAAGGAGUCUGCCAUCUGCUCUUCACGUGUCCUGUGCUUUCUCCAAAAGCUGA